CACGCCUCGACUCGAAAUCCUUCCAGAAACAAAUUGUUGAACACCCAGCGAGCGAGCGAGCGAGCGAGCGAGAUGGCGGCGGAGGUGUGGAAGGCGCAGUUCGGGAGGCUUGUGGAGGAGGCGGCGAUCCGCGUCGAUGGCGUGCGUGAGAGCCUCCACGCCUUGCUGCCGCAACUGACGUCGUCGUCGUCGUCGAUGGUCGCGGGCGAUGCGAACACCGUGCGAGAUACGAUCCAGCUCGCGCUGGACGCGCUCGGCCUCGGGGAUGAGAGCUCGUGCAGCAAUCUCGCCUCCGCGAUUUCCUUCACGGUGGCGGCCAGGCUCCUCGCUCUCCGCGGCGACGGCAUCAACCCUGCUGUCUGUGCGUCUUCUCAGGGUGAACUACCUCGCGGAGCAGAGCGCCGCAAUCAAGCUCAGCUACGCCGAGAGUGACGCCCGGAAGGCGUACGCCCUUGUGGACGGGUGCCGCGGCCACCUCGACGCGGCCCUCCUCCUGCUGGACCAUGUAGGUCGUCUACCAGACGUGCAGGGCAUGAUCAACGCCGAGCGCCUCGCCGCCGUCGCCGACCUCGAGGCCGCGAUAGUGGCCGUUCAGCGGAGCGCCGAGAUGGCCACCGCCGCCCGGCAGGACGUGUCCGGCGCCAGUUGAUUCCGUUGAGUCUUCGUAUGCUUGAUACGUACCUCGUUCAUCUGUCCAUCUCUUUUUCGCGCUUGCCGUUCGACCUGCUCCUGCUUUGUUACUGUUCGUGUGAUCGUGUCGUCUGAUCGAUGAAUUCUGAAACAUUGUUUGAAAAUUUUGGUUGCUUUUGUGCACUUGUGCUAGCUCUAUGUCGAUCCUCACCUGGAUUGUUAUGUGGAUUUUUGAUAAUGAGGUACUAGUGUUUUCUCGGAUA